GCUUCAGACGUCACUUAUGAGAGGAGGCAGAGGAUCCUCGCCACCAGUGAGGAACGAGGCAGAGGCGACCAGGGGGAGAAGAGGAACUGGAGUGUGGGUGCUUAUAUGCGAGCGGGGUGAAGAGAGAGACCCUCCUCUCUGUGGGUCAGCCGGUGAGAGAAGAUGAAGAGCCAAAUCACCAACGCCCUCUCCGACUUCUUCUUUGAGUAUGAGACCCCGCGCCAGGUGCUGGUGAGGAACAGGAGGGUGGGAGUGGUGUGCCGUCUGAUCCAGCUGGGGGUCCUGGCUUACAUCAUCGGGUGGGUUUUCAUCUACGAGAAAGGCUACCAGUCCACAGACACAGCGGUGAGCUCCGUCUUCACCAAAAUGAAAGGUGUGGGCUACACCAACGUGAACGGAAGCGAAAGAGUCUGGGACGUGGCCGACUACGUCUUCCCCCCGCAGGGGGACUCAUCCUUUGUGGUGAUGACAAACUACAUUAUAACUGAAGGGCAGAGUAUGGGAAAAUGUCCAGAGCUCAAAGGGAAGCACAACUGCAGCUCACAUGCCGACUGUGAAGGAGGGAGUUUCAAACGUACGGGACAUGGGGAAAUGACGGGAGUCUGUGUGAAUGAGACAAAGACCUGCGAGGUGUUGGCCUGGUGCCCUGUGGAGGACGAUCACAACAUACCAGACCCUCCUCUGCUGAUGUCUGCAGAGAACUACACUCUGUUCAUCAAAAACUCUGUAACCUUCCCCUUAUUUAAAGUCACAAGGAGUAAUCUGGUGGAGGGUAUUGAUGCCAGAUACAUCAGCAAAUGCCUCCACGAUCCAAAGGAAGCUCCACUGUGUCCAAUAUUCAGACUGGGAGACAUAGUUAAAGAGUCUGGCUUUAAUUUUGAAACAAUAGCCCGAGAGGGAGGGGCCAUUGGCAUUGUGGUCGACUGGACAUGUAACUUUGAUGUGGAUGUAAAACACUGUAAACCGACGUACAACUUCCACGGUCUGUAUGGAAACCCAGCGGAGACAGACAAAGCCAGAGCAUCAGUGGGAUACAACUUCAGGUAUGCGAAGCAUUAUCUGGAGGACAAAGUCCCAAAAAGAACUCUUCUCAAAGUGUUUGGGAUUAGAAUCGAUAUCAUUGUGCAAUCUCUGGCAAGAAAGUUUGACAUCAUCCCAACACUGACAGCUAUAGGCUCUGGAGUGGGCAUUUUUGGAGUGGCCACUGUAGUGUGUGACUUGGUGCUGCUGUAUUUGCUGCCAAAAAGAGAAUUUUACAAGAACAUGAAAUUCAAAUAUACAGAUACACAAGUACAGCAUGACAGCGAGUCGCUCGGUUUAGACACAAGUGUCUAUUACACCCUUGAAGCAAAUCCAAGACAAGUCCGAGGCACUGACCUGUCCAACGAUCCUGAUUCAGAGGCAGGUAGCAUAGAGACUGAUGUAUCUAAAAAGUGACCUGGGGACAAACUUUCAAGCCCAUGGCCCAUAGCCAUGCUGAUUUGAAGCUGUACUGCGUGGGAGCCCUUCACUAGAUCCUGCAAGACAAGACAAGACAAGACAACACACACACACACACACACACACACACACACACACACACACACACCC